AUGGCAGAAAUCAUCAAAGAGGGUUAUAUAUCUGUAAAAGAAGACGGUCUAAGAGCAUGGAUUUGGUCGAAAAGGUUCUGCGUCUUACGAGAUCAAGCUUUGACCUUUCAUCGAAAUGAACAAUCUGGGCAAUGCGUUGCUUUAAUAUUUCUGAAAGAAAUCACUUCAGUGACAAGAACUGACUUGAAGCCUUAUUGUUUUGAAGUGGCCACAGGAGAUAAAACCUACUAUCUCGCGUGUAAAAAUGAUGAAGAACUCUAUUCUUGGAUGGACGAAAUCUAUAAUCGAUCCACUGUUGGUGUUGGAGCUUCAGUUCCUACAAACUUUGUUCAUGAAGUGCACGUUGGCUUCGAUCCUAACACUGGUGCCUUUACAGGUUUACCUGAUCAAUGGACAAAACUACUCAAAGGGUCAGCCAUCACUGCAGAAGAUGCGGCCAAAAAUCCUCAAGCCGUUUUGGAUGUAUUAGAAUUCUACACGGAACAAACAAGGAAGGAGGCUGAGGAAUAUGGUACCUCCAAUCUCCAGGGUGCAGUGGAAAGAAGAAGUGAUGGUCGUUGGGCAGCUUUAGUGAAUGACCCUCGUUCAAAUCCAUCCUCCCCUACUACUCCCACCAGUGCCAACAGGCCAUAUAACAACAACAACAAUUUGCCAUCUCAACAUCGUCCCGCUCCACCUCGACCUGCCCCACCUCGUCCCGCUCCAGCACCACCUAUGAUGAAUGGUGCUAAUGAACAAGACAUGAACGAGAUGAUGGAUGAGCUCUCUAUAAGAACCCCAAAAUCUCCAAAAUCGCCCAUGGGCCCUCCUUCACCAGGAUAUCCUAAUUUCAACUCUAGUAAUAACAAUGGCAACAGAUACCCACCUAAACCAGAGCCUACCAAGUCAUCCACAUUAUCAUCUAGUACGAGUAAUAGCAAUAACAACAAUAGAGUACCUGCUCGAACAACAAGUAUAUCAGCUUAUGAUGAACGUAUCAUGUAUGAACGCGAGAAACUAGAAAUUGAAAUGCGCGAAAGAGAGAGACAGAUAAGAGAGCAACAACAAAGACAGCAACAUCAAAAAUUACGCGAGAAAGAGCAGCAGCAGCAGCAGCAGCAGCAACAGCAGCAGCGAUUAUUACGUGAACAGCAACAAUUACAACGCGAGCGAGAGAAAGAAAGAGAAAGAGAACGUGAAAGAGAAAGAGAAAUUCGCGAACGGGAAAGGGAAAAGGCUCAGCAACAAAUGUCGAAGAAGAAGGUAGAGCAGCGUAUCAGUACAAUGUCAGAAGCACAAGUGAUGGAAACGCUGAGAAAUGUAGUGGCGAAAGGCGAUCCUAAUGAAUCUUACAAAAAACUGAAGCGAGUAGGCCAAGGUGCCUCUGGUUCGGUUUAUGUUGCUUUGUCUCUGGCAACCAAUACAAAAGUGGCUAUUAAACAAAUGGAUCUAGCACAUCAGCCUCGUAAAGAUUUGAUCGUUACAGAGAUCAUGGUGAUGAAAGAAUCUCAGCAUCCAAAUAUCGUUAAUUAUUUGGAUUCAUUUUUAUUGAAUAAUGCUGAUUUGUGGGUCAUUAUGGAAUAUAUGGAAGGUGGUGCAUUAACCGAUGUCAUUGAUAACAACACAAUGACAGAACAGCAAAUUGCCACAGUUUGCCAUGAGACAACCGCUGGUCUUUUACAUUUACAUUCCAGAAAUAUUCUACAUAGAGAUAUCAAAUCAGAUAACAUUUUACUUAAUGCUCAUGGUCAAGUAAAGAUUUCUGAUUUUGGUUUCUGUGCUAAACUUACUGAUCAACGCAGUAAACGUGCUACCAUGGUGGGUACUCCUUAUUGGAUGGCUCCUGAAGUCGUGAAACAGAAAGAAUAUGGCGCAAAAGUGGAUAUUUGGUCUUUGGGAAUCAUGGCCAUUGAGAUGAUUGAAAACGAACCACCUUAUUUGGAUGAAGAACCUUUAAAGGCUCUUUAUUUGAUCGCUACGAACGGUACACCUACGUUGAAACAUCCUGAGAAACUAUCCAGAGAAUUGAAGGCUUUUUUGGCAGUGUGUUUGUGUGUGGAUGUAAGAUCAAGGGCGACAGCAGAAGAGUUGAUGAAUCACGAAUUUCUAAAGAAAGCCGGACCAUUAGAGACAUUGGCACCUUUACUCAAGUUCAAAACAAGACAUUAG